GGCAAACUUUCACUUUAAUGAAACUUGCGCUUUCGGUUUACUCGAUAAACAUUAGGCAUGGUAAGAACGUGUUGCGUGUUUGGAUGUACAAAUCGUGAUGACACAAAGGGAAAGGAGAAGGGACUUCACUUUUUUAGAUUCCCAAAGGAUACCAGAAAACGGCGUCUGUGGAUUAAGGCCAUCAACAGAAAGGAUUUCACACCCAGUGACCACACAUGCAUAUGCUCUGAGCAUUUUGUUUUAGGGUGGCAUAGUGAUGAUCCAGAAGAUACUAAUUAUGUCCCAACACUUUUUUCUUACAAGGAGAAGGCUGUGGAUGUAAAAAGAGUUGAGAGGAUGACAAAAAGAAAUUUACAGAGGGAUUUCCAGGAGGCUAGAGAGAGAGAAGAAGCACUGGAGAAGAAAAGUGUGAGCUUUUCUCUUUUUGCUCACUCAUACUGCAAAGAUGAUGAGGAAGUUGAUUCACUUUGUUCAGCUACAGGCAGUAUAUUAGAGGAGGAGGAGGAUGUGGACACUGGUGUCAAACUGACAAGAGAUAUUGGUGUACAAUGUGAUCCAGAUCCCUUGUUACUUGAGAACAGGAAGCUCCAGUCUGAGUUGAGAAGACUGCAAGAUAGUAAAUGGUCUGUGGCAAAGAUCAAGGAUGAUGAUGCCAUGACAAAGUUUUAUACGGGACUGCCAACCUUUGCAGUUUUUUUAUGGCUCUUCAAUUAUCUGGCUCCCAAAUGUGAGAGAAUGGUAUACUGGAGAGGCAGUUCCUCAACCCCAGAAGAAAGGAGCAGAACUAGAAGGUGCAUGGCUUUGGAGCCUAUUGAUCAAUUCUUAGCAACCUUGAUGAGACUUAAGGUUGGCUUGUAUGUCCAGGACAUGGCAGAGAGAUUUGGAGUGUCAACAGGGACCUUUUCGCAAUACUUUGCAACUUGGGUGUGCCUUCUCUACAAGGAACUGAAAGAGCUUAAUCCCUUUCCAUCUAGGGAUAUUAUACAGAGAAAUAUGCCAUCAUGCUUUCAUUCUUUUUCAAAUCUUAGAGUUAUACUUGAUUGUACAGAAAUAUUUAUUCAGAGAUCUAGCAGUUUGAUUAAUCAGAAUCAGUCAUUUUCACACUACAAGCAUCAUACCACUUUAAAGUUUCUUAUUGGAAUCACUCCCUCUGGUGUUAUAUCUUUUGUUUCAGAGAGCUUUGGUGGGAAGGUGUCAGAUCGCCAGAUGAUAGAGCGAUCCCUCUUUCUUGAACUUCUGGAGGAAGGGGAUGGGGUGAUGGCAGACAAGGGUUUUACUAUACGAGAUUUGCUAGAAAAAAAGGGCUGCACUUUGAAUAUCCCACCUUUUCGUUCUUCUUCUAACCAAUUUUCUACUAAAGAUGUUUUCGAAACUCAAGAUAUUGCUAAAUUAAGAAUUCAUGUAGAAAGAGCUAUAGGUCGUGUAAAGAAUUUUCAUAUUUUUGAUGGUAUUCUUUCUCUUUCUUUAGUGCCAUUAGCGUCACAGAUGUUUGCUGUUUGCUGUUGGAUUACAAACUUUGAUGUCCCUUUGAUUGAGAAUUAGUUCUCCUUGGACAGAAUUAGUGCCUUCAUUGCCAUCUCCAUAGGAUCCUCAGAUGUCUGUACCUCCACUUCUUUUACUACUUCUGGUGUUUCAUCUGGGAUCAUCCAUAAAUGACACAUACCUGACAUUUUAAAUCAUAUAUUAAAUUUGAUCUUUUGUUUAUUGUAAGAACCUAAUAAAUACAUUCACUGUU